AUGAGGGCUGCUGAUGGAGUUGAUCUUGUCUCCAUUCGUAUUGAUGAAAAGCUUGCUGGCUUGACUCCAACUGAUCCAGAGUGUUGUAUAUUUAGAGUGUGUACCCAGUUACGCAACAUAAAUGAGAAAGCAUACGAACCUGAACUACUUGCCAUCGGUCCUUACCACCGCGGCAAGGAUGAGUUGAAGCAGAUGGAAGAUCACAAAUUGCGUUAUUUAAAACUACUUCUUCAAAGGAGAAACGAAAGCAGUGUGAAAAGAUACAUUAAAGCCAUGAGAGAAUUGGAAGGAAGAGGUCGUAGAUUCUAUGCAGAAACCAUUAACCUAACCACGGAUGAGUUCGUAGAAAUGUUGCUUCUUGAUGCGUGUUUCAUCAUUGAGUUGUUCCGCAAGUUCGAAAAGAUGGAUCAAAUACAUGAUGAAUGUGACCCAAUCUUCCGAUUGAAUUGGAUGCUUCCUUCGUUAUGGCGUGAUGUACUGCUAUUCGAAAACCAACUUCCAUUCUUUGUUCUCACUAAAUUGUACGAGAUGACAGCUGUUCCAAACCAGCAUGACAACCUUAUUGAUCUAGCCAUGUCUUUCUUGGAAGACUCAUUAUUGCCAUGUGGACGCCGUAUCUGUGAAUCGAGUCAUGAAUCGCUCCAAAACAUUGGGCAUUUACUUGCUUUGCUACAUAUAUAUUUCACUCAACCAUAUGUAGAAAUCGGAACAGGUAGGAAUGUUGUAGGUGCGAAAAAGUGGAAUUCAAUACCUAGUGCCACAGAGCUUCAAGAGGCUGGAGUCAAAUUCAAGAAACUUGAGACAGGUGGCUUCUUAGACAUAAAGUUCAACAAUGGGGUAAUGGAAAUUCCACUUUUGAAAGUAGUAGAUGAAACAGAAUCUAUGUUCCGAAAUCUAGUUGCGUAUGAGCAAUACAGUACAAAUAAUAAUCCCAAAUACUUCACAGAAUAUAUGAAAUUCAUGGAUUAUCUCAUCAACUCUCCAAAGGAUGUUGAAUUACUUCGUCGACGAGGAAUUAUUGAAAAUUUGUUGGGUGAUGAUGAAGCUGUCUCCACCAUGUUUAACAAGUUUGGGGACGGUGUCGUGGCGGUACCCGACUUGUGUUAUGCUCAAAUUUUCAAAGAUGUGAACAAGCAUUGCUGCAGACGUCGGAAUGUGUGGAUGGCAAAAUUGAGGCACAACUACUUCAACAGUCCUUGGGCAUUGAUUUCGGUUCUUGCAGCUGUCUUUUUGCUCCUGCUUGCUUUGACACAGACCAUAUUUUCCGUUCUUUCUUACAUUGUUUCCAAAAAGUAACCAAUAGCUGAUUAUCUUGUUCCCUUAGUUACUUCAAUUACUUAAAUGGCUCCUCAGCAAAUCUUUCUCCUGAGCUAGUCAUGGUCUUUGUUGAAUUCGAACAGCUAUUGUCAUGAGAAUCACCUUAAUUUGAGGUCGUUUAUGGGUUUGGGUAAUUAAUAAUGU